GUGUGGGAGUUACUGCUCCGCGAGCGAAGAGACGACGGAGCUGUCAAACGGCGGCAGGCGUCUGAAAUAUUACCCCGGCUGCUCGAGAAAACAUCGUACUUUGCUCUUUUGAAGAAGCUGGAGGGACGAACUAGAAGACGUCCGCGGAGUUAAUCGUGAGAACAUGUGAGCAAACGUCGUGCUGUAUGCGUGUUGCGUGGAUCUCCGGCUAAUGUCUCUUAGCCCUUUGCGUAGCUCGAGUUUUGUUGACAAACAAAGUGGCAGCUAGCGGAGCUAGCUGCGUUAGCCUGCCGUGCGCGAUACAUGCCUCCACGGGGAGACAUGGGACCCGGUUCGGAUUGUUCAUGCAAACGUCUCAAUAAGAAGACAAAAGGUUCUGAAGAGCUGACUAUAGACCUGUCAAACAUGUAAGCCCUUCUCAUCCUGGUGGACUCUACAGUUACAGCCAGUGAGAUCUGGGUUAGUCGUGAACAUCUUGGAUCCAUCCAGCGUUUGUCACUGGGGCCACUCUAAAGAUUUCAACCUCAACCUGCAUGCUGUGCUGCUGCCGGACCCUCGCACCCGUAAACCUACCUAGCUCCUUUGUCAUGUAGUGCCAUUACAGAAAAAUCCCCAUAUUGCCCCUACUGGUAUCACCAUCUAUAACAUUGACAUGGAACGCAAUAAACGCAACUCCAUCGCUGGGCUCCCUGUGCGACCUGAACGCCUCAGUGAGGAAGACGGCAUCGGAGGGGUCGGGGUCUGUGAGGUUGGCAUGGGUCCGCCUCAGCAGGUGGGCAGGGUGUGGCCGUCGUCCUACAGAGCCCUCAUCAGUGCGUUUUCGUGUCUAACACGCCUUGAUGACUUCGCGUGUGAGUGGAUCGGCUCUGGAUUCUUCUCUGAUGUCUUUAAGGUUCGCCACCGAGCUUCAGACCAAGUUAUGGCCCUGAAGAUGAACAAGCUCAGCAGCAACCGCGCCAACAUGCUGCGAGAGGUGCAGCUGAUGAACCGACUUUCACACCCAAACAUACUCAGGUUUAAAGGAGUGUGUGUACACGAGGGCCAGCUUCACGCACUGAUGGAGUACAUCAAUGGUGGAAACCUCGAGCAGCUUCUAGACAGCAACAAACACCUGAGUUGGCCCAGCAGAGUGAAACUGGCCUGCGACAUCGCCGGAGGGCUGGCCUACCUGCACUCCAAGGGCAUCUUCCACCGGGACCUCACGUCCAAGAACUGCCUGAUCAAAUGUGAGGACAACGGCUACACAGCCGUGGUUGGAGACUUUGGCCUGGCAGAGAAGAUCCCCACUAAUCUCGCUGAAGGAGAGAAGCUGUCGGUCGUCGGUUCUCCUUUCUGGAUGGCGCCAGAGGUGCUGAGGGAUGAAGCCUACAACGAGAAGGCCGAUGUGUUUUCCUAUGGAAUAAUCCUGUGUGAGAUCAUUGCCAGGAUCCAGGCUGACCCGGACUUCCUUCCUCGGACUGAGAACUUUGGCCUGGACUACCACACGUUCCAGCACAUGGUUGGAGACUGUCCACCAGACUUCCUCCAGCUGGCGUUUAACUGCUGUAACAUGGAUCCUAAACUUCGUCCGUCCUUCUCCGACAUUGUCAGGCACCUGGAGGAGAUCCUUGCACGCCUUAAAUUUGAGGAGAUGGAGCACGAGUGUGUGCAAGUCAGCGGCGACGAGAAGAAGACAAUAGCUAAAGGUGAGAAGAUCCAGGGCUUCAAGCGACUCAACCCUCUCGGUUUCCAGGACGACAAAAUCCCGCCCAAAUCCCCGCGGCCCCGACGGAACAUCUGGCUCAGCCGCAGCCAGUCGGACAUUUUCUCCUGCAAACCAAGAAAAAUUAACGUCCAGGACCCUUACUACAACCCCCCGACUGUGCAGCGACCCUCCAAAGCCUGCAAAGUCAACCCAUUCACCGCCCGCGAGGACCUGUGUGGGGGCAAGAUCAAGUUUUACGACGUGCCCAGUAAAUCUGUCUUUUCACUGGUGUUUGACCUGAACUCGCCUCCGGGGAGCGCGUUCAGUAACCUGACGUCCACCCGUGGACCCGCAGAGACGUCUUAUUACUGGCAGCAGCUUCCAGGGCGCCAGUGCCACUCGCUGCCUGUGUCGCCCCAGCUGCCCCGCUCCGAGCUCCACGCCGCUGCUGCUCUGCGCUGCAGCAACAACGGCUCUGUGAACGGCAACGCCAGCCAGCUCCCUGCCACGCUGCCGGCGACCAACUCCUGGUCUGAGACGGGUCUGACUGGAAACGACGUCCGGCAGAAGGCGGCGCUGAGCGGCUGGGCCAAGAAGUACGUGGUGGUGGAGAUCCCACCUUACUGCAGGCGGGAGGACGGGGACGCGGAGGCGGAGGACGAGGACGAGGACCUGUUUGGGGAGAGCUGGUCUCCGAUGGUCCCCGGCAGCGAGAGGGACGGUGGAGAGGCCAUGGACUGCUCCAGCAGCCUGGAGGAGGAGGGGCAGCGAGACAGAGGGACACACGUGUGCUCUGUAUAACACUCAGAUCUGGAGGAGGAGCUGAGGAGGAGCUGAGGAGGAGCUGAGGAGGAGCGGUCACACACGGGGGCAGCGGCAGGAGGAUUUAGCAAAAAAGAACUACAAAGAGUUGAGCUUGAUUUUUAUUUUUCAAGUGAAUGUUUCUCAGACUUUUUGAAACAAGUGCACCUGAUAAAUAACUAUUUUUCAAAGCUAUGAUCACCCACAAGUCUCAAGUUAGUACAAACAGGCUUUUGUCAGCACAGUGGAAACUCAGCAGAGAAUAUUUUUGAAACGUUGCUCAGAUUUAAUUUUGUGAAAUGAUGUCGAUUUUGUUCCUUAGUAGUUUGUCAUAUGUGGCGUCCCGUCAGUGAUGGAAGGUACAGAAGAGCCCAUGUGUGUGUAAUGUGUGAAUGCUGAAAUCAGAAAUGUGUUGAUACUCUCCCCAAGUUCUUUAUUAGACACUCAAUCUAAAAACAUGAUGAACGUCCUUCUGGUGAAGCCCACGCACUGAAAAUGUGACCAACCUCCAACUGACUGUUGGACUCGUAUCUGUAACAGUUUCACACUCAAACGUUCCUGGGGAAUUCUUUUUGUAAUGUUUUGCACCCGAAUCUGAAAAUCCUUUUGUUUUUCUGUGCAGUUAAGUAAAGAUAGGUUUUACUCCAUCAACUUAAAUCACAGCACUGAACACAAACGUUAGGCACAAGGACCUUGUGAUUGGAGACAAGAUCCUUAAACACGUAAAACAUGAGAUCUAAAUGUCUCAUUCAAAGAAAAAGCACCUUCACCCGGUGAACUCAGGGAUUCACUCCGACAGCCUUAUAUGAGUCCCGUGCGUGUAUUAUUUUACGCCUGUAGCAACAGGUCAAGAUCAUUAUUUGGGCUCUUAUUACAGAUUUCAGUAGAUGCGUCACAAAGUCUUAAUUAAUUAAUUGUUCGUUUUCCCUCAAUUCAUUUCAGGCCAGAUGAGUGUGGGCUCAGGCCUCUCUGAUCAAGAAACACAAGACACGUUUGUUUGAAUCAAGAGUGUGAUCGAGUCUGGCUGCUUGUUGUUCACUUCACAGCUGUGCCUGAAGUUAAACGCACUGAUUACAUUGGUUAUAAUUGCGAUUUAAUUGGAUCAGAAAUACUUUUUUUGUUUUGUGUGUGUCAGACUUUCUGUUCAUGUCAGAGAUUUGGAGCAGCUGAUCUCAGUUAAGAGUUAAGGCGUUAUUUAAGUUUAAUGAGGAUUGAAAUCAUCUCAUUGAAGGGAGUAGUUUAACAUCCAACCGAUUUCAGUGUAUAAACCUAAUGACAGCUAUGAAAUUCGAGUUAGAGCGUGAUGACCCACGUUUGUCGCCUCAGGUCACUUUAGUCUAAAAUGCACUUGUACAGUCAGAAUAACAGUGAUUUAGAUACUUAUCACUACCUUGCUAUGCAAAACAUGUAACUCCUGUGUCACUGUGUAACAGCAUAAAGGAUCUAAUUUCAUAUUUAUAAGAAAACUUUGUUCAUGUCUUACCUUUGUACAUUGGUGUAAAAAGUUUGUUACUGUCCUUAAUGAAUACAGAACCAGAUGUUUAUGCUUUGA